CGCCCACUUCUUCCUCCUUCGGAGAAGGUAGAGCCCAGUCGAGUGAACAACCCUGACACAGAGGGAGUUGCAUAGGUAUGACAACGUUUACCUGCUGGAACAGAGAUGCCAGAUAUUGAGGGCAGCGUGUGAAUGGAGCCGUGUGCAAGUACGGCCUCCCUGCUGGCCUCCGUGCGGGAGCAGGAGAGGCAGUUUGAGAUGCUGAGCCGAGCUCUAGAGGAGGAGCGGAGGUCGUGCGCUGGCACCCUGCCCCGCCCGCUCCCAAACAUACAGAACAGUCGUGUUCCUUGUGAUGCGGACAUAGAAAGGCUGACACUUAACGAGGGUUACGUCAACGGAACACAUCAUUUUAGGAUGGAACCUGGUCAGCUGGUAGAGGAGACUUACACCAUGGUGGAGAAGGAGUCCACACCCGUCGUCUUUGUGGAAACCAAUGAUGAUGGCCCCACACGACGCACAGAAACCACGGUAAAAAAAGUAAUAAAGCCCACUGCCACUCGCACAGUCAUUCCCUCUGUAUCAGACACGCUUUCCUUGGAUGGUGGAGGAUCAGCAGUGGGUAUUGGAGCCUCCGUCCCACCCAUGGCAGGCGGCUACAGGCACGCACCUGGAGUAGGUGUACCCAUGGAAUACCCCACCCACACUGUUCCUCGAAACUACCACUAUGGACCCCCAGGUGUCUAUGAGGACUAUAUCCCUGGACCCCCUACGGAAACAUAUGCAAGCCUCAACCGGGGUGCUCAAAUGGAUGAUCGCUACAGACCAGUCCAUGGAGAUGGCUAUAGAACUUUGGAUCCAAGCUACAGAGCCCCCAGCAGGAACCAGCUGGACCCAUAUGCUGCUCAGCCUCAGGUUGGGCGAAUGGGAAGCGCAGUAGAACUCUCCUCCAUCCCAAGGUUUGUCCCAGAACCAUAUGGUCUGGAAGAUGAUGGCCGCAGCAUGAGCUACGAUGAGCCUGACUACCGCAUGGGGCAUCCUGUGCAUUACAGCACAGUUCCGCGUAAUCACCAGGGAUUCCCCCAAGGCCCACCACGUAGAGCUGGGAGUUACGAGGGCACGUUGGAUGGUGAUAUGAGUGGUCCAGGGGACAUGUAUUACUGGGGGGGGGCUCCUGUGGCACAAGGUGAAAGAGGAAGCAUGGCUUCACUGGACAGCACCCUGAGGAAAGGCCCAGGCCCACCUGGUGGAUGGCGUCAGCCAGAGCUGCCUGAAGUUAUCGCAAUGCUCAACUACCGCUUAGAUCCAGUCCGGAGCAAUGCUGCUGCGUACCUGCAACAUCUUACUUUUAAGAAUGACAAAGUGAAGUCUGAAGUUCGUCGUCUGAAAGGCAUCCCAGCACUGGUCUCUAUGCUGGACAACCCUAACAAAGAGGUUCACUAUGCAGCCUGCGGAGCGCUGAAGAACAUCUCGUAUGGGAAAGAUAAGGACAACAAAAUUGCCAUCAAGAACUGUGACGGAGUGCCUGCACUAAUUAGGCUUCUCAGGAAGACCCGUGACCAAGACCUCACUGACAUCAUUACAGGGACACUUUGGAACCUGUCAUCACAUGACUCUGUAAAAAUGGAGAUUGUGGACCACGCAUUGCACGCUCUUUCUGACGAGGUGAUGGUGCCUCGCUCAGGCUGGGAGCGUGGGAGCAACAGUGGCGGAGGGGAGGAAAACUGCAAGCCACGACAUCUGGAGUGGGAGACGGCACUCACGAACACAGCCGGCUGCCUGAGGAACGUAAGUUCAGAGCGAAGUGAAGCACGGCGAAAGCUGAGAGAGUGCACUGGAUUGGUGGAUUCUCUCAUGUACAUUGUCCAAUCCCAAAUCGACUGUAAAGAUGUGGACAAUAAGCUGAUAGAGAACAGUGUGUGUCUGCUGAGAAACCUAUCCUUUCACAUUCAUCGCGAAAUCCCUGGCUGUGAGCGCUACCAGGAAGCAGCACCUUUCAACCAGGGCCCUGCCUCGUCCAGCCAAAAGGCUGGUUGUUUUAGCGCCCGAAAGAGUAAAGAUGAGUGGUUUUCUAAAGGAAAGAAAGAUGAAGACACAACUGCCGACAUUAUAGACAUUCCAAAGAGGACCACACCUGCUAAAGGCUACGAGCUGUUGUUCCAGCCAGAGGUGGUCCGCAUCUAUACUUCUCUGUUGAAGGAAUCUAAGAAUCCCACAGUGCUGGAGGCCUCAGCUGGAGCUGUGCAGAAUCUUUCUGCUGGACGCUGGACAUAUGGCAGAUACAUCCGUGCCCUGCUGCGCCAGGAGAAAGGCCUACCCAUGAUGACGGAGCUACUGGGCCAUGACAAUGACAGAGUUGUACGAGCCAUGUCAGGGGCCCUUCGCAACCUGGCGAUCGAUGUUCGUAACAAAGAUCUACUUGGCAAACAUGCAGUGCCCAAUUUAGUGGCCAACCUGCCUGGUGGAGGUCAGAGUCAGCCUGUGCGAGCGCUAUCGGAGGCAACAGUGCUGUCUGUGUUGAGCACGCUCCAAGAGGUGCUUGGCUCAGGUGUGGAAGCAGUAAAGACUCUCAGAGCCUCGCAAGGAAUUGAGAGGCUAGUCCUCAUCAACAAGGACGGUAAUCGUUCUGAGAGGGAAGUGCGCGGAGCUGGUCUAAUAUUGCAGACUGUGUGGGGCUACAAGGAGCUGCGGCGCACUUUAGAGAAGGAUGGAUGGAAGAAAACUGACUUCAUGGUCAGCCUAAAUCCUCCCAGCAACAACACCAGGGCCAACGGAGGAUAUGAGGACAGCACUCUGCCGCUCAUAGACAAAGGGGGCAAAAGUGCGCAAGAAAUGAUUCCAAUGAAUGACAUGGGACCAGAUGCCUACACCACACUGGACCAGAGAGGAAGGAACGCCCUGGAUAACACCAUUGAGCCUGAUAAUAAAGUUGCAGUGCAGGGAGGGAAGUUUGGGGAAAGACAGGCCUCUUUGCCUCUAAUGGAUUCUUAUGAUGGUUAGACCACACCCACUGUGUAACUGCAUGAAUGUGCAUGAAAAACUGAUGGUGUGCAUCACGAGACGACCGCUUCCUCUCACCCACUGCCCUUGCUGAACCAACCACGAGGGACCUGAACACUACAGAUGGGACAAACCACCACCGUUUUACUUUCUCUACCUGUCUUUAUGACAUUCCUCCUUUUGCAGCUGACCAAGCCAAUGAAACACCUUAAAAACUAGAUAACUCAUGUUGCUAUGACAACAAGAUUGUGACAUUAUGACCACUGCCCUCGGCCCCCCACACACUACACUAAGAAUGUGUCAAUCAGAGUUUUCAACACUACAUAUCGUCUCCUCAUCUGGAAGACACUAAUGGACCUGCCAGGUUUGAGCAGACACUUGGACAUUUAAUCCGGGUGGAAUUGAACAUGAAUAAUCUGGUCAGGGUUUGUGUAAAUUCUCUUUUUAAUGGGCGACUACUACAAAAAAAACCUUGUUCUUGUUUUUGCUUUCGUGUUGUAUGACAUGUGCCAAAUGACAAUGCUGCCACUACAACUGCCAUGAGGCAAUUCUCUCUUAAUAACUUUAAAAACCUUGUUACUUUGCUUUUUGGACAUCAUUCGUCUGUAAAAAUUAAAUCUAAUAUAAAUGUAUCUAUGUGCAGUGGUACCUUGGUUUUUGGCAGUGAUCCGUUAAAACAACAACCAGAAUAAUGUCAAUCAAAUUAAUAUGCUCCAGACAUGCAAAACUAUCACCAUAUUUUAUACAGAAUAAUUAUAGUUUAUGUACAAAACCGUGUGAAAUGCAUAAAAAUUAUGAACAAAAUGUAUUACUUUUACCUUUAUUAAAGACGCUGAAGGUAUCGCUAUAAUUCAGUAGUGUUCCUCACCUUGUUUAUCAAAGUGCUGGCUCUCGCUACGUUCUUUGGCCCGGUGGUGGAAAAUGACAGAGUCACCAAAGCCUGGAAUCCUUCCUUCGGGUACUCAAUUUCAUAGGGAAAUUGAUUUGUUUAUUAAGUGCAAUGUUUGGCCACACGCUAACUGAGACAGUGUACAAAAAUGUGUCGAAAAGUGGGGGUAUACAAAAACCGAGGUGCCACUGUUACGGCUAAAAUACGUGUAUAUGUAUACUUACAUUUGAAAGCCCAUAAUCUGUACUGUUAUUAUAAAAAAGCGGUCUGAUUGGAGUGCCUUGCUUACUCAGGACAGCUAUUACGGACAUGUCACUAAACCUCGCCGUCAUGUGGAAUGCUUUGAGAUUAAUCUGUUUUUUAGGCAGGAUUCUUGUCAAAACUCGCCUCCAUAACAAAAAGGUCUUUUCCCCGCCCCCAUAUUCUUUCAUUGUUUGUAGGGCGACAAGCUGUUGUGCAACAUAAGAUGUAAAUACUUAAUUGAAAUGAGCAUGAGGUCGUGUUGGUGUUCACUUUUUUUCACAUCGACAGCCUGCUUUCCAACUUUUGCUUUCAAUGAUGGACUUAACCGAGCAGGGGAUUGAUUUGUUUUGUCUCAGGAGGCGCAGACAUUUGCUUAUCGAAAUACGAGAAGAAAUAAAGCACAUUUAAACUAUAUAUCAGAGAAUAUUUGUUAAAUGAAUGGCUUUAUGUAUUUUUUAUAUAUUGAUUUGGGCUUAAUUUCUUUUUGGUGUUGGGUUUGAAGGGAUAUGCAAUCAGUUUAGAUGUUCUGCUAUGUCAGAUGUGUCUUAAUUAAAAGUAUCCUAACAAAACAACUUGCCUGCUAAAACAAAAACAGCGACAAACUACACUUAAGUCUGCCUUGGCUCUUAAAGUUGCACAUUCUCAUUUAUGAAUGAAUUAUGUAACUAGCAAUACAGUUUACUAAUAAAAAAGAUAAUGUUU